AUGGACAAUCCCGAGGUGUUGCUGCCGUCGAUCGAGCGGCGGACGAAGCAGCUGCGGCAGCAAGAGCAGAUGCUGCGGGAAGCCGUAACGGCCGCGUCGCGCAAGAAGGAGACGAGCGCAGCGGCGCUCAGGUCCGCCGAGGACGCGCAUCAGCAGCUACUGCGCGAUCGAUUUCCCGCGCUCAACGCGCAGGCCCGGGAUCACUGGCGAUGGUGGCGGGGGUGGAGCCGCUGCUGGAGGCGCAGGAGGAGGUGGCGCUGCAGCACGAGGUGUGGAAGUGACGCCAGUUUGACGAGGUGUGUGGUGGGCGCUGGACACAGGGAGGUGUCUGGAUGCGAUGCGAGAGUGGCUAUACAGGGGCCGUCCCGGGCGGUGGCGUUGGAGGGGUUGGGUUUGUACUCGCCGUGUGACCUCAACGACCUGGAUGCUGCCGUCAUUGGGGGGGACCAUGGACCUUCCAACGACACGCCAGACGCCAUCUACCGGCGCAACAUCAGGGAGCUCAAACACGUGCAUGACCUGGCGGGGGAGGCGGAGCAGCGCGACAUGGCAGCGAUAGUGGACGAGGCCUGGUGGAGCGCCAGGGGGAGGGCGCUGGGCAGGUCAGUCACCGGGAGGGCGGGAGUGGGGGAGGGCGCUGGGCAGGUCAGUCACCGGGAGGGCGGGAGUGGGGGAGGGCGCUGGGCAGGUCAGUCACCGGGAGGGCGGGAGUGGGGGAGGGCGCUGGGCAGGUCAGUCACCGGGAGGGCGGGAGUGGGGGAGGGCGCUGGGCAGGUCAGUCACCGGGAGGGCGGGAGUGGGGGAGGGCGCUGGGCAGGUCAGUCACCGGGAGGGCGGGAGUGGGGGAGGGCGCUGGGCAGGUCAGUCACCGGGAGGGCGGGAGUGGGGGAGGGCGCUGGGCAGGUCAGUCACCGGGAGGGCGGGAGUGGGGGAGGGCGCUGGGCAGCCCCCUCCUCCCCCUUCGUCCUCCCACCCCACUCCCUCCUCUCAUCCCGCCCCAUCCUCUUAGUCCUCGUCCCCCCCAUGCCUCUCUACCCCACCCCCUUCGCCCACCACUGGCAGCAGCAGCAGUGGCGGCAGCAGCAAGGGGGCGGGAGGGGGCGCAGGGCAAAAAGGGGUGGGGCAGGGGGGUGGCGGGCAGGGGGGGGCGUGGGGGACGGGUGGGGCGGAGGAGAGGAGGCGGAGGAGGCGGCUGGAGGAGGUGCGGGCAGAGGUGGCACGUGCCAGAGGCGUGGUGAGAUGGGGGGAGAGAGGGGAGGCGGGAGGGGGAAGGGAAUAGCUGCCCUGUCUCCAAUGCCCAUCCUGCCACCAACACUCCCCCUCAACUGCCCCCCUCCCUUCCAAUCCUGCGCCCCUUACUCCUCCCCGCCCCUUCACCCAUACACCCCCCCAUCCGUGCGCUGUGCACCCACCAGGAGACUACGAGCUCAAGAUGCGGCGGCAGCGCUUCUACCUCGCCAACAUGCACCAGGUGUGCUCGUCUUGCGGUGCAACGGGGUGCAAUCGAGAACAGGAAUACACCUUCAUCACUGCAACAUGGAAGAUACAAGCAAGAUCAAGGAGGAUGGUUAG